AUAUCUGGCAAAAUCAACUGUGACUGUCAAUAUUCGUAUCAAUGACCAAUUAGCUCAGCAUCUGUCAUAAACAAAGAGCAUUACAAUACUACAGAAAGUCAUAAAUCUAAACUGAAUAAUUAAAAUUUCUCUAUAUCAAUUUAUUGAUAGAUUUAGUUUAUUUCUCUCGUAGAUAGGUAUUUGCGGUAGCGAAAUCUGUGGCAUUGAUCAAGGUUUCUUAUAAAUUUUGCAGAUUAACACCAAAGCAAAAAUCAAUCAUUUGAAGAUGGAACUUCUAGAUGUUAUGAAAAAUCUAACUAUAAAACAUACACAAAACGAUAGUAAACAGCAAUUGUUUCGGUCAAUAGCAGCAGACAUAGAUGAUGUUGCUACUGAAAUUGUGUUGGCUGAGUACACUGACAAAACAUUACUUAUUGUUUCACAAUACCAAAAGAUUGGCAGCAUGUUAAUGAUACACAAGGAUCAAGUUCACAGUCCUCUAGGUACUGAUGAUAUUUAUACAACAAAAGUAAUUUUUGGUGCUACAGGAGAAGAGCAGCAAGUAGCAGCAAGAUUUUUGGCAGAAGCUAUCAAAAUUACCAAGCCUUUAUGUAUUUUCAUCAAUCUCAAAUCAUAUGAUAUUGAAAAUCUUAAAGCUUGUAAGGAUAUUAUCUUGGAUUUGAAGAGUGAAGAAAAUGAGUGCGAUAAAAGUAAAGAAGUUUAAAAGUGUCCACAAGUACUAUGGUCAACUAGUGCUUGGACCCCCUGGUGCAGGAAAAACAAAAUAUUGCCAUGAAAUGUCACAACUUCUUAAAAAACUAGGAAGAGAUGUAGUGAUUGUUAAUUUGGACCCUGCUAAUGAUGGAAUGUGUUACAAGCCUGAUGUUGAUAUAAGACAAUUAAUUUUGCUAGAAGAAGUAAUGGAUCACCAUAAUCUUGGUCCGAAUGGAGCAUUACUUUACUGUAUGGAAUACCUGGAAAAAAAUAUUGAUUGGCUCUUGGGCAAAUUGCAUGGCACAAAUUCAACAAAUUUUCUAUUUGAUCUUCCUGGUCAAGUAGAACUGUACUGUCAUCAUAACAGUUUGAGUAAUAUUUUUACACAACUAAUAACCCGAGGAAAUAUGCAACUUUGUGUAGUUCAUCUAGUAGAUUCACAUCACUGUUCUGAUGCUGGUAAAUUUAUUGCAGCGUUAAUGUUAUCUUUGAGUGCAAUGUUAAAAAUUGGUUUACCACAUAUUAACUUACUUACAAAGGUAGAUUUACUAAAAAUGCAUAUGGACAAAUUGCAUUUUGGAAUUGAUUUUUAUACAGAAGUACUAGACCUUAAUUAUUUAUUGGAUUGCCUAGACACAGAUGAUUUUACCAAUAAGUAUAAAAAAAUGAACAGUGCCUUUGUUUCUAUUAUUGAAGAUUACAGUCUUAUUACAUUUCAACUUCUUAAUGUGAUGGAAGAAAAAAGUUUAUUAAAUGUAAAGAAUUUGAUAGAUAAAGCCAAUGGAUAUGUAUUUAAAGCGGAUGAGGGAAGACAUAUAAACAGCAUGUUGGCCUGUGCCAUGGGUGUUGGAGAGCCAGUUAAUCAUGAUAUUGAAUAAAUUUUAAUAUUUUAA